GUUAAUUACUCCAAAGGCUGGCUCUUUCCUGCUCUUCUUGGUUCAUUGGAAUUUGGAAAGUUGUCUCCACAUUGGUGACCGUCGAGCUAGACCUUUUCCUGUGUCUCCCUCUCCCCCCGCCACAGUUCCACCAUGGAGGAGGAGAAGACGAUCCAUAACAGCAUCUUUAAUGCAAAACCCAUCUCAUUUCACAUCCAUUUAAAUUCAAUUCUCCUCUUUCUCUCACUCUCUCUAUUGCCCUUUUCCUACUCUGCCCUCCACAAGCCACCCCCACUUCCAAUUUUACCACUCCCCUCUGCCAAUCAGCUCCACUGGCAACUCACAUCCAUGGCACUCUUCUUUCACUUUGGUCCCAAUACCUUCACAGACUCUGAGUGGGGUACUGGCCUAGCUGAACCUUCUGUAUUCAACCCGACCCGACUCAACACCACCCAGUGGGUUCAAGUGGCCAAAGAUGCUGGCUUUAAUCGUGUCAUACUCACUGCAAAACACCAUGAUGGGUUCUGUUUAUGGCCUAGUGAAUAUACAGAUUAUUCUGUGAAGUCAAGUUCUUGGAGAAAUGGGACUGGUGAUGUUGUUAAAGAGCUGGCUUUGUCUGCCAAAGAGGCUGGUGUGGAUUUAGGGCUUUAUCUUUCACCAUGGGAUAGGCAUGAGGUGUCUUAUGGGAAGACUCUGGAAUAUAAUGAGUUCUAUAUGGGCCAAAUGACCGAGUUGUUGACUAGGUAUGGAGAGAUCAAGGAGGUAUGGUUGGAUGGUGCAAAAGGGGAGGGAGAGAAGGACAUGGAGUAUUUUUUUGAUACUUGGUUUAGUCUCAUCCAUCAACUACAGCCUGGUGCUGUAAUAUUUUCUGAUGCUGGUCCUGACACAAGGUGGAUUGGGGAUGAGGCUGGUGUUGCCGGGUCUACAUGCUGGUCUCUUUUCAAUCGAAGUACUGCAAAGAUUGGAGGCACUGAUCCACUAUACUCACAGGGAGGAGACCCAUCAGGUCAUGAUUGGGUGCCUGCUGAGUGUGAUGUCUCCAUUAGACCUGGUUGGUUUUGGCAUGCAUCAGAAAUCCCAAAAUCUGCAAUGAGGCUUCUUGAUAUAUAUUACAAUUCUGUUGGCAGAAACUGCCUCUUGUUAUUGAAUGUGCCCCCCAACUCUUCAGGUCUUUUAUCUGCUGAAGACACACAAGUCCUUCAAGAAUUUGCUGAACUCCGCAAAUUGAUAUUCUCCAAUAAUCUAGCCAAGAAUGCCCUUUUUAGCGCGAGCAGUACGCGAGAAGGCACUAACGAUUCACGGUUUAAACCCUUCAAUGUCCUUGAAGAAGGAAUCUACACCUAUUGGGCUCCUGAGGAGAAUCAAUCUGAUUGGGAGUUGCAUUUAGAUCUUCAGGAAUCACUAUCUUUCAAUGUUUUGCGAGUGCAAGAGCCAAUUCACAUGGGACAACGGAUUAUUGAAUUCCAUCUUGAGAUUAAAAAGGAUGGAGAUUGGAAAAAAGUGAUCAAUGGGACAACAGUUGGAUAUCAGAGGUUUUUGCAAUUUCCCACUGUAGAAUCUCAGCAUCUGAAGUUUGUUAUAGACAAGACUCGGGCAGACCCAUUCAUUUCCUUUUUAGGAAUCCAUAUGGAUAAAUUUUCUUCUGUGGAUAACAAAUUUGAUAAUAGCUCACAAUUGCACUUCAACAGCAGCGUAGUUCUUCAGCAAGCUAGAUGGAACCAUUUCUUGAACAGCAGUGAACUCCUUCAGCAAACCACGCAGAAUCAUGCUCAAUCUGCUGCAAUGUAAUGCAUGUAUAUUUUCGUUAUCUGUUUGCACAGGUUCAAUCUUUCAAUUCAUUGUUAAAACACUCCUUACACGAAAUAUUAUAAAUUCAACUGAUUCAGAUGGUUCA